AUGGAGAAUGUCCUGGGCGACUUGGACGGCAAAACGGACGUCUUACGCUUUGUCGUGGGCUUUUUGUGCUUCCGUGACUGGCAAUCUCUAUCCUCAUGCAGUCGCUCACUCGCCAACUCGGAUCUACGCCGCUUUGUUCUGUCCCAAGGGGUUCUUCGUGUGCCUCCGCCACCAUUAGCUAAGGGUUUAAACUGCAGUUUAGAGAAAUUACCAACCGCCAGUUAUUAUGCGGAUACCUUUUUGCAUUAUAUGAAACCUACACUACUUAAUUGUAUUACGACCAUCAAAGUACCACGUACAGGCAUGCAUUUACUUAAUCUGUUGCGUGGUUUACCUGCUUUACGGUCACUUCAGUUCUGGGAUUAUCCCUAUUGGACUCCAACGGAUAAUGAACCCGAGCCAGAUGAAUACGUCAUCAAUGUUGCUGCUGUGCUUCAAUUGUUGCCCAAGCUUGAAGAAUUGAAUGUCUCAGAUGCAGAUAUUACGCUAUCCGAGCUGCAACAUGUACCGAGUAACGAGAUUCAGUCAAGAAAGUGGUACUUACGGAUAUUAGAUUUGGGAGAGACGGAUGUGGUACAUUUGGCUCCACUUGCAAUGCUGCCUCAUCUGCAGUCAUUGAGUGUGAGACGUACUAAUGUGGCUACACUUUCAGGCCUUGAAGCAUUGCCAGAGUUGCAAGUGCUGGACGUGUCUGAGACAAGAGUUGUGGAUUUUAGUGCAAUGAAGACAUUAUCACGAUUGGAGACACUGGAUAUAAGCAAAAACUGGAUAACGACGGAUCUGAAUGUCCUGCAGCAUUUGACAGCGUUGCGUUCACUUAAGGCGACGAACAUUGGCGCAUCCGAUUUGUUGGAGUUAAAGUUAAAGUGCCCAGAACUCGAAAUUUUGCACUUGCAAAACACGAGACUAACGGAUCUUGAGUUUGCGACCAAUUUACCGAAUCUCACGUACUUGGAUAUUCGCUGGACACAUGUUGGAAAUCGACAGCCGUUAGCUGCGCUGAUAUCACUGGAGCAGCUGCUAUUGGACACACGUGAGAGAGGUGUACCAGCGGACGACACGCUAGAGGUUCCAGUGCUAGAACCAUCAGUGAAUUACGAGUGGUUGGGGCAUUUGCACAAACUAAAAAAAUUGAGAAUGUACAAGCAUAACUAUCAGGACGAUAUUUCUGACAUCGUACAAGAAGAUGUUGAAGAGAGAGGAACGACCGUCGUCUCUACGCGAGGACAUACGAUUCCCAUGGAGCACCGGGUUCCUAGUUCAUUCCUCAAGUGUGUGAGUAGACAAGGCGAAGUAAGAUCGCUGGAGUUGCCACCGCUCACAAACUACGCGCCUCUAAUCUUGUUGUCGUCGACAUUGCACCACCUGCGACUGCAACAGUGGUGUGCGGAAGACUUGGCUCAAAUUGUGGCACUGGGAGAAAUGCCGGCACUUACGAGGUUAUCCAUGUCACUGCCUCCUACGGCGCAGGUCAUGGAUCUUCUCCCUCUUGAGGGUUUCAUACAGUUGACGCAACUCGAGCUGCUAGACGUACUUUUUGAAGAUCUGUCUCCUUUGGGUACACUUGUAAACUUAAAAAAGUUAGUGCUGUCCCUUCCUGAUCGUAAGAAGCGGCAGAUAGCGCGUCGACACAAGGAUCAUCAGACGAGCUUCGAGUGUCUCUUGCAGCUCACAGAACUGGAAGAACUCUCGCUAGCUGGUCGAGUGGACUUUAAGGACGCUGCACCGCUUUCAGGAAUGCACAAGAUGCGGCGUUUAUGGCUGAAUGCGACCAAGGUUGAAGACGCGACUCCUUUGGCCACCUUGACGCGUCUCGAAAUGUUAGACCUCGGACUCACACCUUUGACGACAUUGGAGGGUAUUCCAAAGUUGAUGGAGCUACAAUCGAUUUGGAUUCCUCAAGCCGUCGACUGCAAAGUACUUCGAGAUUUGACCAAUUUUCCACGAGUGCACUCUAUUUGGCACCCGGAUGAUUACAACUGCCUUUGGACGGAUCACAAGUUUUGA